GUGAAAUCUCAGCUGGAAGAAAAAGAAGGGAAAACCUUUGAUAUCUUCUCUGCAGUGGAGUUUAAAACUCAAGUGGUUGCUGGAACAAACUACUUCAUUAAGGUCCAUAUUGGCAACGAUGAGUUCAUGCACCUGCGGGUGUUCCAGAGCCUUCCCCACGAGAGGAAGCCGCUGAGCCUGCACAGUUACCAGGGCAGCAAGACGAAGCACGACGAAUUGGCUUAUUUCUAG